CGCUGACAUACAUCGACCGCUUGAGCAAUGGAAUGGUUCAAGACCCUCUUCGGCUUCCGAGAGAAGGGCUUGGCCUACGACGAGGUCCAAGCCAAGUUUGAGAUCGUCAACGAGACGCAGCUGUGCAGCCUCACGAACGGCAAGACGUACGACAUUGGUACUUUCGAGUGCCUAUCGCUGGCAACGCUACGCGACCAUGCAAUGUGCGUCGGGCGUCUCGGCCACGUCCGCCUUACCCACGCCGCAUCGAAAGACGUGUUCCUGCUGCACUGUGAUCCGCGAAAUCGGCACGCGACGUUCCAGGCCGCUUCCCAGUUCAAUUGCCUCGAAUUUGCCCACCCGCGAGCGCGACCAGAGGACGGCGUCACGAUUUACGCGCAUGAUAUGACACAAGGGCCAGCGUGCGCCAUCGCGGCGGGUCCAGGAACCGUUUUCCGCAACUACUUUGCGUCGCCAGACGCCGAUCAGCAAGGACAGAGAGCAGCGAGCCAGAUCAAUAAUCUCGAAGAUGUCGAGGACAUGCUCGACAAUGAACGGCAUCAGUAUUUCCGCGUCGUGAACGGCUACACGGAUGCUACGAAUGCGAGCCUACAGCGGCUCAAUGACGUGCUCGAGACCGCCAACACGGAUGAUCUUGAGAAUGCGCUGAAAGUCGGUGUCCACUGGAACGUUGAAGUGCCUUUCCAAGCCAGGUACCGCCCGAGCAGCCCCAGCAGUGACAAGCAACUCGUCACACAAGUGUACUGCUCGGCCAUUUCGUGUGGUUACUCGUACGCUUCGGCAACUGCGUGGGCGCCUUUUGCCAGCCUCGUACUUCGCGCCAGCUACGAAGCUACUCUGUGGGCUGCCAUCAUCAACGCUUCAAUCACCGGAUCGACCCAAGUAUUUCUGACUGUUCUCGGGGGCGGCGUUUUUGGAAACAAGACAGCGUGGAUUCUUGAUGCAAUCGCCGUCGCCGUCGCGAAGUGCCACGCGUUCGACCUCGACGUUGUCAUUGUACAUUAUAUGAAGGUCGAUAAAGCACUCGUGACAGCUCUAGACAAAUUGUUGCCGAUACCCGGUGGUAUAUCAUAGGCGUUUUUUAAUUCCUACUCAACAUUGUGAUACGAAAGUGAUGC